UUCGAGGCUAAACCGAACCACCCAUCAUCACCUUUCCGCCAGAAGAGACUUCAACCUCCUGCACUCCCUCUUCGAUAUCCUCCUCACCUCUCUCGACGCCCAAAUCUGGUUAUCUCGACGUGGUUCCAUCGUCAACCUUUUCUACUGAUCCUUGAACACCACUUUUGGCAACUCAAAUUGAAAGGGGUGGCGCUGCGCCUCAAUGGCGCGACGGCCUCCCAGUUUGAUCGAAUCUUCUUCAAUGGGACAGGAAAACGCAUCGAGGAGGUCUUCAAACGAGAGACAAAAUCCAAACAUCUUCAGUGACGAUUACGCCAUCGAUCCCAGCGACUCCUCACCCGACCUCAGUCCGAUCGAUUCAAUCGACAACCGGCCCGAAGAGCUAAACGUAGACCGCACGAGCAACCCACGAAGUAACCUACGAGAAUACCUUCCUCCGAGUCUCCCUUCAUAUCGUCCCAGUUUGAAUUCUUCCUUUCCACUUGACAGAAAACCCGACGCCGAACAACCCGCCGAUUCCCAUCGUACUACCUCUACCUUGUCCCGGUCGAUGGCAGACAAUCGACUAUCCACAUCCUCAAGAUUUUCCAUACCUCGCAGUCAAAGUCCUUAUCGUGGACCUACUGCUCCUAGCCAACCUUAUGGCAUGUAUCCUCAGAUGACCCGUGCAUCUAGCAUCGCGAGUGAAUCAACGAUAAGACCACUGGAGCGGCCCUUACCCAAUGGCGGUCCCGAGCAUCCAUAUGGCAUGUACAUUCAGAACACGGUACCUGAAGAGGACAAUGCAGAGACAAACGUGCCAAUGGGCUUCCCGGUGCUUGGUUCGAACUCAUCAGGAGACGAGGUGGGCGAUAUCAUAGGCACUGAUGGACAUGUCGAACAACUACCUCCAUACAGUCGGUAUGCCGAUAAUGUCAUUGCAAAGGGCGACAUGGCGAGACUAGAGCACGAGGCAGUGAGCCCUGGCCAAGAGUCCGGAACGAGUACCCUUGUACCACCCGCAGCUGCCACUUCUGCAUCAGAUGUCGAACUGACGGCAGUUGGAGCCGGAACUUCUGCAGAUGAAGAAGCGCGGAAGGAAGGCUUUGUAAAACAGAAAAUGCGGCGAACGUGUUGCGGUUUGCCGUUAUGGGCAUGGAUCAUACUGUUUGUGGUUAUUGUGCUGGCGGGGGUUUUGGGAGGUGUGAUUGGAGGGGUGGUAGGAAAUCAGAAAGGGGCUCAACGAGCAGCUGCGUCUGGUGCUAGUGCGACUACGACGGUAUGGCUCGAUGCCGAUCCAGCCUCAACAGGGCCCUCGACGCCCUCUUGCCCGACUGGGCAUUGGACGAUACCGUUAAACCAAACAGAUCAGAUCGACACUUGCGUGGUCGACCCUGGACUUCCCGGUGUUUGGGACUGCAUGAACAAUGCCAAGCUUGGAGUCAGUAUUAUCGAAACCGACGACGAUUCAGGUCCUCCGUUGUCGGUGACCUUUGACGAUUAUUCCGUUCUUCCACAGCUGUUUAGAUACGGCCCACAACCGCCUGAUUUCAACGGCAGCUCUUAUGGCUUAAAACCAUUCAUCGACAAGGAUGAUGAUCAACUAGGUGUUGCCUUGUUCUUCAGUACGCUGUUUGAUAAGAUUGUCAUUUUACCUAGCGACGCACUCGACCCUCCGGGCUCUAAAAUGAAGAGGUCGGUUCCAAUGUCGGAGGUCCUGAAAAGAGGUGGAGGAGACAAUAACCCAAAUGCCCCCGGCUAUGAUCCUGACUGGAUGGCCACUUAUCUUAAGAUCGGAGACCAGCCAUGGUUUUGUUUUUGGAACUCUACCAUCAGUGAAGUUUGGAUAUUUUUAACUCAGAACAUGGAUAACCAGAGCGCCGCCACCACAGCUGCUCCAUCCAGCAUGCCGACAGGUCCCCCGGAUGGUUCUGCUUUUUCUGGCUAUGCUGGCCACUAUUCUCUGCCUAACUCGGAAGCAACACAAUCGUACACAGGUCCUGCCAGUCAGACCGGCUCAGCUCCGGCCCAGACAACGUCGGAUGGCUAUUGGGAUGGAAUGAGGAGAAGACUCCGACGAAGAGGCGCUUCGACAGAUUUUCCCAAGUUGGUCAAAAUGGUACAGAAGCGUAAACCUGACAACAACAUACAGCCAUAUUGUCAACAAAUGCAAGUUCUCAACAACUGGCAAAUUAUGCCUAUUCCCACGAUAGCGACAAUUGCAAUUGAAGAGAGCGAGUUCGCACCAUCAUCGACCUCACCAGCGAGAUGGGCCAUUCGCCGCGGAACAGACGCCACACAACAGCUGAACUCCAAUUGCAUAUGCGAGUGGUUCAGUGUAUGAGCUUGCAGCAAGAAACGCAAAAACCCUUCUUUCAUUAUGUGUUUAUGAUGUGACGAGUGCGGGCCGUUUUUAAAAAAUGUCUACUGUCUGGUGUCGGGGUAUCAGGAUAUCACAGCAACUCUCGGGAUCCUGUGGGCGUCUAUUGGAAUCAAUAUUGGAAGGUUAAGUUUUGUCCUCAGGGAAAACGGAAUUGCAAAUAACAACAGAUGGAAAUUAGCAGUAUUGGUAGAUAUAGGUUCCUUAUUUUGGGGCGGGAAGGCUUUGGGUGAAUAUGCGGUUUGGCAAUUUCGCCUGCAGUGAUAUAUAUAACAAUAGUGGCAUUUACGAUGCUCAGAGCAUCGAUUCAAUUGACCUUUCCCUUCAAACGA